AUGGGGAAAAAACAAUUGCAACGUAAAUACUCCAGUAUGUCAUUUGACGACUCCAACCAUGGCUGCAUGCCAGACAUAUUUCAUAUCCUCUACUUCCAUCAGUGGCAUAAUGUCAAAAGGAUGCUCCCACACAAGAAGCACAGCCCUGGAAGGCAACCUGGGGGCCUCAAAAGUUCAAAAAUGGAUCAGAAUAUCCCUAAUACCAUUGAAGCAGAAGAAUCCAUGGAUGGAGAAGUAGACAAAUUGCUUUUCGAAGAGGAAAUGAAAGAGACCAGCCCAACCAACAAGAAAUCUGGCAAAGCCCACAUCAAAACACUAAUUGCAAAAGAAAUAUCAAAAGAAGGUGACCAAAAAUGCCGAACUAAAGUGUUCCCUGCGCAAGUACGGCUACUGCGUACUUAUGCCUUCCAUCAUUUGGAACCUUUAGAUGAUGGUUCCUUUGAGGAUAUAAGAGAAAAAGGUGACAGUCCUAGAAUUAAUCAUCGGCAAUAUAAUGUUACGAAUACUGGUGUGAACAAGCUGGUCCCAGUCAUGCUAAAGCCACCUGAUACAGAUUCCUGCAGUGAAAAAAGUGAGGUGUGUGAAACAAUGAAUGCUGGGAGUGACAUGGGGCAUAAUCAAGUUGAUGAGUUGAGGACGCAGCUAAUUCAGAAUCAUCCACUUCUUCGGGAUAAGCUGGACAAGGGCUUGUUAAAGCAGAAGUACAUGGAUGCUAGGGAUCUUAUUAGAGAAGAUUCACUUCCCCAGUCAAAGGAAUUUCUGGAUGUUCUGGAGGUAUUUCAGAUAAACAAGGAGUUAUUUUUAAAAACUCUACAAGAACCAGAUUCUUCUCCGACAAAUGAGUUCCAGAAUGUACACAUUUCCAAUGCAGAGAGAGAAUUGACCAAGUCAGGUUCAUUCCCAGUAGCUUACUUGUCAUGCAAAAACAAUGGUAGGUCAAGCAAUCUCAAAAACAAUCUGAAGGAAGUUAAAUCUUUUACAAAACGAGAGGGGCAGUUGCAAACUGGGAGUUCGCUAAUUGAUUCUUCAGAUGAUGUUAUCACAGGAUUGAUGGCUGAUCAUGAUGAGCAAGAAAGGCUAAGAACUGCUGAAACUUGUAAAGAUUCAGAUUAUUCUCUGGGCUCAUCCCAUGCAUUGAAGAACCAAGGGGAUAAUCCAGUAGUUACAAACCGUUUCAAGAAUAUUAAGCAGCGGAUAAAACAUGCAACCGAAGGUAGUGGAAAGGAGCAUCAUCGGAUUUCCAUGGAUGCAACCCUUCAUAAAAUUACUAUUGACCGUAAGCAUUCAAAGGAUGGGAAGAAGGAGAUGCCUGACCACUGGAAGAAGCCCACAACAGACACAGAUUUUAAGGACAGUCCUAGUAGUUCUGGGAGUGACAGUUUUGUAUAUGCUCUUGCAGAGAAGCUAAGCAACAGCCAUCUAACAGAUUAA